GAUUUAGUUGUAAAUUAAAAGUUCUCUCGCAUAAUAGUGUCAUCUUUUGCUUUCUGAUUAAUGAGUUUUUUUACAUUUAUUGAAUAUCCAUUCAAAUUAGUACUUGCUUCCCGUUCCGGAUUAUACAUCCAACAAGUGGUGGAAUUAUUUAUAUAACUUUUGACAACAGUUUUUUUUUGAAAAAAGUGACUUCAUAUAAAAAAUCGGUAUUAAAAGUCAAAAUAAACUCAGAAAAAAGACAAUGUAGUUAAUUUAAGAAUAUAAAAAGGAAACAAAAUAAUUUCUAAUGUAGAUUAUUAUGUUCGCAGUUAUUAUUUAUUAUGUUUAUUAUGUUUCUAUUAUUAUUUAUAUAACUUUUGACAACAGUUUUCAGUUAAAAAAGUGAAUUUUCUCUUUUCAAAUAAGAAAAUGACUAUAUAUAAAAAAUCUGUAUCAAAAGUCAAAAUAAACUCAGAAAAGACAAUGGAGUUAAUUUAAGAAUAUCAAAAAGGAAACAAAAUAAAUUCUAACGACUUAAUUUUCCAUAUAUUAUGCAAUAUAAACCUAAAACUCAAACACACAAUCUUAAAAACUAUAUUUAAUUUGUUAACUAUAAAUGGUUGCCAAAAGAAAUUCAAUUAAUGAGAGACAAUAGAGUCAAAUUUUCUGGAAAUAUAUUUAACUUAUGCGUAUAAAAAGCAUAUAAGCUAAGCCCUUGUUUUUUGAGUCCCAGCAAUUGUUCGUCUUCUCCGAUUGCGAAUGGCUGAACCUUUCGUGUCGUUUCUUUCAUUCCUGCUCAAGACGCAGCCGGACUAUGCUCUUUCUCAUCCUCGGCAGAAACCUUUCAGUGACACAUCACGUCAAGCUAUGCGGAAAAAAAUUACUGUCAUCUUACAACGGAGUCGACCUACCCCGACGACCGACACUCCAAGACUCCAAAGGUUUCUCUCUAUAUACACAGACUAUCUAGAGUCUAAACUGAUGAACUCGGCCAACUCAGAGGAGGAGUACUCGAAUCCACGUGAUCUUGAAGUCCGCGUGCAUUAUCUUCUGAAGGAAGUUAAAGAACUCUAUAACCGUUUCCGUGAUACCUCAGAUAGACUCAGCGCGCUUCCGGACACUUUGAUAACUCAGAUACUCUUAUACCUUCCCACCAAAGAUUCCAUCAAGACAAAAAUUUUAUCGAAGAGAUUUAAAGAUCUAUGGCUUCAGGUCCCAGGGCUAGAGAUGCACUCCCAUGAACCCGCCGCCAUACAGAACUUCAUCGCCACGUUUCUCCAGAGGAACCGUGGCUCGCGUCUCCAGAAGUUCAAGAUAACGUACAACGGACGCAAUGUUUGUAGCCAUGGGAACAGUGAGUUCAUCGCCGGAGUGAUUAACCGUGGAGUUCAACAACUAGACGUUGGCAGUAGCACACUCAAGCGUCCUCUCACCAACGAUCUCGUACAUGUUAACAUUUACAAGAGCAACACUUUGGUUUCUCUCAAGCUUGCAAACGUGGGAUUGCAGAAUCCUCCUGAGUUUGGUGUUUCUCUGCCUUGUCUCAAGACCAUGCAUCUCGAAGACAUUACCACCAAGGAUCCUUUGAUCGUAGAGAAGCUCAUCUCAGGUUGUCCUGUCCUUGAAGAUCUGACGGUGUUUAGGGCUUUUGAUGACAAUGUACCGGUGAUGCGUGUGAGAUCUCUCAGUCUGAAGAGGUUUUGUGUGAAGUUAAGUCGUGCCAGAAUAAUUCAUGGUAAAGAGUAUGCUGUUGAGGUUGAUGCUCCGGGUCUCAAGUAUAUGAACUUCGGAGAUAAUCUAUCUGAUAGAGUUGUGGCUAAGAAUCUGAGUUCCUUGUUCAAGGUCGACAUUGAUGCACAAUUCAGUUUUGGUAUUACCACUACUAUUACCGUGCAGAUGAAGCAAGCUAUUAUCAGUGAUUUUCUCAAGGGUGUUUCUGGUGUAAGACAUAUGAUCAUCUCUCAGCCUACACUCGAGAGCCUUUAUUCUUGGAUGAAUAAUGGAGCGUUCACCAAAUUUAGCAACUUAACUCGCUUAGAGGUUUCGUUCUGCACCGACUUAUUACAAAGGUUGCCACAUUUUCUUGAAGGUUUCCCGAAGCUGAAACACCUCACAUUGAACUUGCUUUAUUUGAAGGACUUAGAACCAGAGAACCUUGAGCUUACCGUUGUGCCACAGUGCUUACUAUGUACGCUUGAGUGUGUUGAGGUUAAAGAAGUGGCCACGGUGGAGAAAGCUGGGAAGAAAAGAGCGAGGUACAUCAAGAGAACCAAAGUAUCGAAACACAUGAAGAAGAUUUGGAUUGAAGCAGUGAGGUAUAUUCUUGAGAACUCGUUAGUCCUCAAGAAACUCGUUUUGUGUUUCUCUUCGGUUACCAAUAGCGUCUUAGAGAUCUCGGAGGCGCUUCCUACGUUCACAAUACGUUCUCCCGGAUGUGAAAUCAUCAAUAAUCUGACAUCUCUUUGAAGAUUUUUUUAGGAAGGAAUAAUCUCUUUGAACCUUUUGCUUUUUUUUCUCCAGUGUAAAAGAAAAGCUAAGUUAUAGUAUUGCUACACUUACCUUAAGUUUUUAUCUAAGGUUUCACUUUUUUGAAUGACAGAUCAAAAAAGGACACUAAAUGUUUUUCGUUGUGUACAAAAUAGAAU